AUGAGGGCGUGGUUGUCAUUUACGAGUGGAAUUGAUCUUUUACCUGAAGUGGACUCCACUGGUAGUUGUUACCAAAACACCGACUGUCUUCUACCACAUUCUGAUCAGGUCGAAAAUAGACGAUUUGCAUUCGUUUUUUACUUCACGGAUGAGUGGCAGGAGAGUUACGGAGGGCAGACGAAUAUCUAUAAUUGUGACGAAAAUUGCGAUCCAACAACGGUCUUCGCUUCUCUUACCCAUCCUAGAAAUUCUCUGCUUCUCUUCGAAGUGUCAGAAAAGUCUUGGCAUUCCGUUACUGAAGUGGUGGGCGAAGAUCACGAUCCACGUCUUUCCAUUAACGGAUGGUUUCAUACCACUCGUCCAAUACAGCCUCGAGUACGACCACCACUUAUUCGUCCUCGUCAUACACCAAAAGAUGAGGUGGAUCUGACUGUCAUUCUCACUGAUAAACUUUUUGGUGAUAUCUUGAAGGAGGAUCUCAAGAAGGCUUUUAAUGAAUAUGAUCAAAUGCUCAUCACUCUUGUAAUUCAGGAGGUGUUACAGGAAUCGUUCAGCAAGAAGGUCUUGGACGAGCUCGACUCUGCUACAUGGAUCGAAAAAGGGCCUGUGAACAAAAGAUGGAUAGCGGAGUUCGAUGUUGAUGGAGAUGAUUGCAAAGGAGCUAUAGCUGAUUUUGUGAAAGCUCUUCGGUCCCAGUCCAUGAUGAAUUUCGUUGAGAAAAUGACUGGGUUCGAGUUUAAAGAUCCUCAGAACACGAUUUGGGCCUACCGCCUCACACGCGGUUGUUAUACAGUGCUUGGAGAUGAAGAUGCUGAACAAUUCGUCAAAGAUGGACCAUCGGUUGAUUAUUGGUUCUAUUUUGGAAAAUCGCAGUGGCAAGAAGAUGCUGGUGGAGUAACAGUAUAUAUCAGGAAGGACCAAGAGACACCGGUGCUUCUGUGUCCUCCUACCGUCAAUGCUAUGGCCGUGGUAUAUCGCGAGAAAGAUGUGUUCCCCUUUGUGAAGUAUGUGAAUCAACUUGCCGAUGAACAUCCGAUGUAUGUCUUCGGUUUGUCGGUGUAUGGUGGAAUCAAGCCAGCUAAAGACGUUAAUGAGGACGGUAGCGGUGAUGCGAAAGUCGAGCAAAAUGGUGCCUGA